AAAAAGAGAGAGAGAGAUAGAAAGAGAGAGAGAGAGAGAGAAGCACGCAACACCGCUGCGUACGGGACACGGACCGAGUUCGCGUGAGGGAACGCAGGUAAAACGGAAUCUAAGAUUUUAGCAGAGAGGAGGAGAGGACGCCCCCACAGUCCCCUCACACCCACCACCACCCCCCUCUUUCUCGAGACCACCUAUUUCUUUCUUUUUUUUCUUCUUCUUCUUCUUUUUGUUUGCCUCCUUCUCGGACCUCUGUUCCCGGGUGGAGACACAAGUUGCUCACUCCAAAGAGGGAUGCUGCAUGUUGCCGAGCCGCACUUGCACUCAGCGGGAACCUAAAAGUGGACCGGAGCGGAUUUUACACUUCUUCACAUGCAAGCGCACCACAGCGGACACGGCGCGCUUCGUAAAAUGAUCCCAACCGGCGGCCGGAUAGCACGUCGCCUCUCGUCGGAUGUUUGACACAUUGGAGGAUCGACCACAGGAACAACUGGAGGAGGACAAUACAAAGUCAGCGAAUCCACGCACAGCCGCGCCGGCACCCCUUUUCUUUCUUUUUCUUUUCUUUUCUUUUCUGUUUUUUUUUUUUUUUUAACUGGAGUCCGAACAAACAGAUCGCCGUCCAGAUGCAGUUUCGACUCUUCUCAUUUGCCCUGAUCGUAUUGAACUGUAUGGAGUACAGCAACUGUCAGGCGCCGUCGCACCGCUGGAGGAGAAACAAGCGAGCUAGCUAUGGAGGCCACCCCAUCUGUAAAGGCUGCUCGGUGUGCUCCAGGGACAAUGGCUGCGUGAACUGCCAGCCCAAGCUCUUCCUGUUUUUGCGGAGGGAGAGGAUGAGGCAAUACGGGGAGUGCCUGCACGACUGCCCGGCCGGAUACUACGGCAUGCGCAGCCUCGAAAUCAACAUGUGCUCCAGGUGUAGGAUAGAGAACUGCGAGUCCUGCUUCAGCAAAGACUUCUGCACCAAAUGCAAGUCAGGCUUUUACCUCCACAAAGGGCGCUGCUUUGACAAGUGCCCCGAGGGCUUUGCCCCGUUGGAGGACACCAUGGAGUGCGGAGAGGGCUGUGAGGUGGGCCAGUGGAGCGAAUGGGGAGCCUGCAACAGGAGAAACAAAACCUGUGGCUACAAGUGGGGUCUCGAGACCCGCACACGGCACAUCGUUAAGAAACCACCCAAGGACACAAUACCAUGUCCCACCAUUGCUGAGUCGAGGAUGUGCAAAAUGGCCAUUAGGCACUGCAGGAGAGGUGGCUCGGGGAAGCCGCGAUCCAAAGAACCAAAGAAGAAGAACAAGCAGAGGCUGCGGUUUCGGGCCCAGAACCAGCACAGCGACCACUUGGCCUCUGCGCGCUCCAGCCAGUGAGGACUGAAACCACUGAACAAAGAAGCAACGCAAAGCUGCUAGCCGCUGCCGCUGCACCCAUUAUUCUGACUGACCACCAUCACGAAACCCCCACCACCCCGACCC